GUGCUCACACCGCCGACUCUGACAGGGCACCAUGGCCACUCUCUCGCCUCUUAUACUCGGACGUUUUUUGCUUUUUGCUUUGGGACAAGUUGCACAGAACGAUGGCCACUUGGAUACUGUGCAGAGUUCAGGCCCUCUGUCCUGCUUUGAGGGUUUCACACUACUGGGUUAUUACAACGGUUCCAUGUUGCAGACAGACUCAGGUUUUCCCUGUCUGAAAUGGACGGAGUUCCCUGACUACAUGCUGCAGUACCCAGGCAGAGGGCUUGGAGAUCACAGUUACUGCAGGAACCCUGACCGUGAGUCCCAGCCCUGGUGCUUCUUCAGACAGCAAUCUGGAGCCAUCGGCUGGGCUUACUGCAACUGCCACCAGGGUGCAGCCAGGCUGAUGGGAGGAAGGUCUAACAAGAGCGGCCGUCUGGAAGUUUACCUGAAUGGCCAGUGGGGGACUGUGUGUGACACACACUUGACUGACCGAGAUGCAAGCGUCAUCUGUCGACAGCUUGGCCUCGGUGAAAUCGGUACUGCACUCCAGCACUCCUACUUUGGUCCUGGCUCUGGACUUUUCCACUACGAACGACUUGGCUGCCGUGGUAACGAGAACUCUCUUUUAGAGUGCCGGGGCCGCAAGUUUGUCUCUGGUGACUGUAAUCAUGGAAAUGAAGCUGGAGUGGUGUGUGCUGCACCUGCAGGAAAUGGCAUUCCCUUGAGGCUGGUGGGAGGCCAGGAAGACUUUGAGGGACGAGUGGAAGUGUAUCAUAACAACCAAUGGGGCACAAUUUGUGAUGACCAGUGGGACGACAUUGAUGCCGAGGUGGUCUGUCGACAGCUUGGACUAGGUGGUGUGCCAAAGGCGUGGUCGUGGUCUCAUUUUGGCCCCGGGGCUGGGCCCAUCCUGCUAGACGGGGUACAGUGCACAGGAAAUGAGCUCUCUCUGGAGGAGUGUCCUCACACACCCUGGGGCCAGCACAACUGUGACCACAUGGAGGACGCUGGGGUGUCCUGUAACCCAUAUACAGAUGGUGCAGUGCGUCUGGUGGGAGCAGAUAUUCCAUGGGAAGGACGCUUGGAGGUGUACCACGCUGGAGAAUGGGGCACAGUGUGUGACGACAGCUGGACUGAGCAACAUGCCCAGGUGGUUUGUCGGCAGCUUGGUUUCAGAGGGCAUGCAGAAAUAGCUCCAGAUGGUGCAUAUGGGGACAGCACAGGACUUAUUCUAUUGGAUGAGGUGAAGUGUGAGGGGGGAGAGAACUCCCUGCUGGAGUGCAGGCAUGCAGAGUGGGGACGCCACGACUGCUCCCACAGUGAAGAUGUGGCCAUACGCUGUGAGAGAGAAGGAAAUACCGAUGACAUUACUGCAGUUCUUCCAGUCUCAGGUCCCCUGGUAAGGCUGGUGGAUGGAGAGAGCCGUAAAGAGGGUCGUGUGGAAGUCUUCAUUAACGGCGAGUGGGGCAGUGUGUGUGAUGAUGGCUGGAAUGACAUCAGUGCUGCAGUAGUGUGUAGGCAGCUGGGCUUUGUUGGGGUAUCUAAAGCCCGCUCUAUGGCCUAUUUUGGUGAGGGCCAGGGUCCAAUCCACCUGGACAAUGUGAGGUGUGUGGGUACAGAGUCGUCUCUGGGAGAGUGUUUAGCUGACGGGUUAGACAAACAUAACUGCAGGCACAGUGAGGAUGCAGGGGUCAUCUGUGAUUACGUGUCCCAGCCAGUAGCCGACAGCUCGACAGCAACCCAGUCAUGCGGCCUGAGGCCCAACACACAGCGCCGUAGGAGGAGGAUCGUUGGAGGAGACAAGUCACUUAGAGGAGACUGGCCAUGGCAGGUGUCUCUGUGGCUAAAGUCUCAGUCCAAAAGGAACCAUCCGCUGUGUGGAGCCACUCUCAUCAAUUCCUGCUGGAUUGUCACUGCGGCUCAUUGCUUUAAGAGGUUUGGCUCAGAUCCCUCACGAUAUGUUUUGAGGUUGGGAGAUUAUCACACUGAGGAAAGGGACGACUUUGAGCGCACUCUCUCUCCUGAGCGCAUCGUUAUGCACAAGAAGUACCUCAGCCAGGGCUGGGAGUACGACAUUGCCUUGGUGAGGCUGAAGGGCACAGAUGGGAACUGUGUAUCUUUCAACCCACACACUAACGCUGCUUGCCUUCCUACUCAUGGUGACAGGAAGACGAAGAGACCUGCUGCGUGUGUCAUCACUGGCUGGGGAGUUACAGACUCUGAGUACUCACGUACUUUGCUGCAGGCCUGGCUUCCCUUGCUGCCAUCCUGGAAGUGCAAAAAACGUUACGGCAGCCGCUUCACUGGCCGCAUGCUGUGUGCUGGCAGCCUGUCAAAUCAUCGUCGUGUGGACAGUUGCCAGGGAGACAGUGGUGGCCCGCUGGUGUGCCAGGGUGAAGGCGGGCGCUGGACUCUAACUGGGGUCAUUUCCUGGGGUCAUGGCUGUGGGAACCCUAGCUAUCCUGGGGUAUACACUCGAGUGAGCAGGUUCCUAAAGUGGAUUGAUAAGGUCACCCUGGGUACUGACUAACUCUGUGGAUAG